UUCAUUACUUAUCAUGCAUGGAACAGUUCAUCAACUGUCUCUUUUUAAUUUAUCAACUGUGUGAAUUUUUCUUUUUUUGGGGGGGGGUCAUCUUUACCCAUAACACCAUGAAUGUCACAUUUUCUAACCAAUGCUUUCCUAACACUCUCUUUUGCGGUCAUAUCCUGGUCGGUGCUACUCUACUGAUGGGCAUAAUCAGGUCAUGAGAAGACCGAUGACAAAAUGAGGGCCUUCGCGGAGACGGUCUUUGCAUCGGAGACCAAAGAUGAGAACGUCCGCGAUGAGAUCUCCAUGUUCGACGUGGCCGAGGACUGCCCCAUCCUUAACCAGGAGAUGGCCCACCAUCUGCACACCGAAGAUGAUAAAGAGAAACGCAAGAGGAAGUCACGCAGUCGCACCGUCACCGUGCCUGUGGCCGGUGCGAAGGAGGCCUUGGCCCCUGUAGUCACUGUGCAAGUGGAAACACCCAACUACCUGGAAGUUCCUGACUUCCAGAGGGUGGCCGUCAUCGGAGAUUAUGCUGCCGGGGUGACCAUGGAUGACUUUGAGUUGUCCUGUAAAGGUCUGUACCGCGCCCUGACCAUCAGGGAGAAGUACAUGAGGCUGGCCUAUCAGCGCUUCCCAAGGACAGCCUCCACCUUCCUCCGCCAAAUAGAGGGAGAGACCUUCAAAGUGGAAGAUCAGGUGCAGCCAGAAUUCACCGCUCCUCUGAAGGAAGGGGAAGACCCUUUCAACCUCAAGAACCUGCCGGAGAAUCUGGGCUACGUGGCCCGUAUGAAGGACGGUCUCAUCUAUGUGUACAACGACGCAGCAGCUGCCGACAAACACAAGCCCAAAGACCUGCCCCAUCCCGACUACGACACCUUCAUAGACGACAUGAACUUCCUCAUUGCUCUCAUUGCACAGGGCCCGACUAAGACAUACUGUCACCGACGUCUGAAGUUUCUCAUAUCUAAGUUCAAUGUGCACGAGAUGUUGAAUGAGAUGGAGGAGAUGAAAGAGCUGAAGCUGAACCCCCACAGAGACUUCUACAACUGUAGGAAGGUGGACACCCACAUCCACGCAGCCGCCUGCAUGAACCAGAAGCACUUGCUGCGCUUCAUCAAAAAGUCUUACCGUGUGGACGCUGACCGCGUUGUUGCCAACUAUAAAGGGAAGGAGGUCACUAUGAGGGAGCUGUUUGAAAACCUCAACCUGCACCCCUACGACCUCACUGUGGACUCACUGGAUGUGCACGCUGGUAGACAAACCUUCCAGCGUUUUGACAAGUUCAAUGCCAAGUACAACCCCGUAGGAGCGAGCGAGCUGCGUGAUCUCUACAUGAAGACAGAAAACCACAUCAACGGAGAAUACUUUGCCACCAUCAUCAAGGAAGUAGCCACUGACCUGGAGGAUGCAAAGUACCAGUAUGCUGAGCCUCGUCUGUCCAUCUAUGGUUGCAACCCCAACGAGUGGAGCAAGCUCUCCGGCUGGUUCGUCAAGCACAGAGUCUUCUCCCCAAACCUCAAAUGGAUGAUUCAAGUUCCCAGGAUCUAUGACAUCUUCAGAGGCCGAAACUUUGUGCCACACUUUGGGAAGAUGUUGGAGAACAUUUUCCUUCCCAUUUUCCAGAGCACCAUCGACCCGCAGUCCAACCCAGAGCUGAGCGUGUUCCUCAGACAUGUGACGGGAUUCGACAGUGUGGACGAUGAGUCCAAACACAGUGGCCACAUGUUCUCCACCAAGAGCCCCAAACCAGAGGAGUGGGACAUUGUCAAGAACCCCUCAUACACCUACUACAUUUAUUACAUGUAUGCCAACAUCGCUGUUCUCAACCAGCUGCGCAAACAGAGGGGGAUGAACACAUUCACGUUCAGGCCUCACUGUGGAGAGGCCGGUGCCGUCACCCACUUGCUGGCUUCCUUCAUGACUGCUGACAACAUCUCUCACGGUCUUAACCUCAAGAAGAGUCCUGUGCUGCAGUACCUGUACUUCUUGGCCCAGAUGCCGAUUGCCAUGUCCCCCCUCAGCAACAACAGCCUGUUCCUGGAAUACGCCAAGAACCCCCUGCUGGAGUUCCACCAGAAAGGCCUGGUGGUGUCUCUGUCCACCGACGACCCCAUGCAGUUCCACUACACCAAGGAACCUCUGAUGGAGGAGUACGCCAUCGCAGCUCAGGUCUUCAAACUGAGUACAUGCGACAUGUGUGAGAUCUCCAGGAACAGUGUGCUGCAGAGUGCCUUGUCUCACGAGGAGAAGGUCAGAUUCCUUGGUGCAGAUUAUCUCAAAGAGGGUCCAGAGGGUAACGACAUCCGCAAGACCAACGUGGCCCAGAUCCGAAUGGCGUUCCGCUUUGAGACCCUGUGCUACGAGCUCAACCUCAUCAAGGAUGGCGUGAAGAGCGACUGAACACUUUAAAACUCUUCUCCAAUGUGAUGUAGAAAAGGUUUCGGAAAUUGUUUUUAUAGUGACUUUCCAGCAAGUUCUUCUUAAAGUAACAGACCUUCGUAAUAGGCCGUUGUUUUCUCCUUUGAAGGAGGGAAAGUUUACAUUUUUGUCCUCGCUCUAAAUAAUUUAAACAUCUUGUUCAUGUAACAGUCUGUUUAUAUUGCGGAAGAAAAAAAACCCACCAUGGAUGAGAUUCAUUGGAAAUAAAACGUCAAAAAUGCAUAAUUUAUUUAUGUAUUUAUUUAUUAAGUGA